AUGUCUAGAAACAUUUUACUUCUUAUUUGCUCCGUGGCAGUCAGUCAAGCAGUCGUAAUAGAGACAAGUUCAAAGAAUGACGAUGAGAACUCAAGUAGAUGGCAAAUGGUAAAAAUGUUCCAUACAUCGAGUCCUCGGCUGUUCCACCAUUACGACUACUAUGCUUAUCCUAAAUACGAGUUUGAAUACGCUGUGUCGGACAAGAAAACUGGGGACCACAAGCGCCACCAUGAGACCAGAGAUGGGGACAAGGUGCGAGGAGAGUACAGUCUGGUGGAACCUGAUGGAUCCAUGAGGAAAGUGCAGUACGACGCUGAUGAUCAUAAUGGGUUCAAUGCCGUUGUCAGCAAGACCGUCAACAAGCAUGGCGAUCAUGCCUACUCAGUAUUUGGUGAAACGAAACAUUUUGGUCAAGGCGUCAAAAUUAACCACUACUUCCCCGGCAAGGACUAUUAUUACCAAGAACAAGUGACAACCGAAAGUGCGCCGAUCGAAAUGGAAAACAAACCAGUUCAGCCUAAACCUGUUAAAGAGGUCGGGACGGAAUCUAAUGAUAGUGAAAACAAAAUGAUACUGAUUGAAGCUGGGAACAAAAUGAUGUUAUUAAAGCCCGUUGAAAUUGUUACUCAGCCACCAGCUGCAAAACCUGAAUCAGUACCUGAACCAGUUGUCAAAGUUGAAGCGGUAGAGGCUGCUACAGUCAAAAGCAUGCCUGAAGUAGUUUCAAUGAUGAUAGCCAAUUCGGGAUCUUUGGAUACAAUUAAUACCGUAGUGGCUGAGAAGACUGAACAAACUGCUCCUGAAACUGAAAAUAAAGAACCAAAGGAGACUCCAAAACAAAUAAAAGAAGAAACGGCAUCAGAUUCCGACGUUGCAUCAUCAUACUAUCGCCACUCAAGGAUUUACUACGUAGGAUUUUAA